GGAGGAGGAGGAGGAGGAGGAGGAGGAGGAACAAGGUAGGAGGAGGUGGAGGAAGAGAGGAGAGGGGCGUGGAAAUGGAGGUGUUCUACUACGUGGUGUUCGGGGGGUUGGCGAUGGUGGUGGCGCUGCUGGAGCUGAGCAAGACGAGCAAGGAUCGCGUCUCCACCUCCUCAGCCUUCAACUCCUUCAAGAACAACUACCUCGUCGUCUACUCCCUCAUGAUGGCUGGUGAUUGGUUGCAGGGUCCUUAUGUCUACUACCUCUAUAGCCAAUACGGAUUCGAUAAGGGCGAUAUCGGGCGCCUCUUCAUCGCUGGAUUCGGAUCGUCCAUGCUGUUUGGGACAAUUGUUGGAUCUCUUGCUGACAAACAAGGUCGGAAGAGAGCCUGCGUUACGUAUUGCAUUAGUUACAUCCUUAGCUGUAUCACGAAGCAUUCGCCGGAGUACAAGGUUUUGAUGGUGGGGAGAAUAUUGGGAGGAAUUGCAACUUCCUUGCUCUUUUCAGCCUUUGAGUCAUGGCUUGUUGCCGAACAUAAUAAGAGAGGUUUUGAUCCACAGUGGCUGUCUCUGACUUUCUCGAAGGCUAUAUUUCUUGGCAACGGUCUUGUCGCGAUCGUCGCUGGUUUGUUUGCAAAUCUAUUGGCUGAUAACCUGGGAUUCGGCCCAGUGGCUCCAUUUGAUGCCGCGGCAUGUUUCCUAGCCAUAGGCAUGGCCAUCAUUUUAUCAUCAUGGACUGAAAAUUAUGGAGAUCCUUCUGAGAACAAGGACUUACUGGCUCAGUUCAAGGUUGCUGCCUCAGCCAUUGCAUCAGAUGAGAAAAUUGCUCUGCUCGGUGCAAUACAGUCGCUUUUCGAAGGCUCCAUGUACACCUUUGUUUUCUUGUGGACCCCAGCUCUGAGCCCAAAUGACGAAGAGAUUCCUCAUGGCUUUAUAUUCGCUACUUUCAUGUUGUCUUCCAUGCUGGGGAGCUCCAUUGCAUCUCGGUUAUUGGCACGUCAAAGCCUUAAAGUUGAAGGCUAUAUGCAGAUUGUUUUUGCAAUCUCUGCUUUCACUCUCCUCCUCCCAGUUCUUACCAGUAUUCUAGUUGCGCCAUCUACGGUGAAAGGUGGUGGGAUAUCACUUGGUGGCUGCAUCCAGCUUAUUGGUUUCUGUACAUUUGAGGCAUGUGUAGGGGUAUUCUGGCCUUCGAUUAUGAAGAUGAGAUCCCAGUACAUUCCUGAGGAAGCUAGGAGCACUAUCAUGAACUUCUUCCGCAUACCCUUGAACAUAUUUGUCUGUGUCGUGCUUUACAAUGUGGACGCAUUUCCUAUAACUAUCAUGUUCGGCAUGUGUUCUAUUUUCCUUUUCAUGGCAUCAAUAUUGCAGAGGCGGCUGAUGGCGGUCGCUGACAGCCACAAGUCAAAGCCGCAAGAUUGGAGUGCUUUGAAGGAAAGGGAUGGUGAGGAGGAGCCAUUGAAUGCCUAAUCAGUUGCCAAGGCAUCUGCACUUGGCAAUCAAGGGUAACACGGUGAUACAGAACUUUCUCCUAUCGUCGAGCUGGUAAAUAAGAUGGAAGUGUCGCAACUAAAAUAGAGCGGGAGAAGUUCAGGAGUGCAUAUUCAGUAUUGUAAGAAAUCAAGUAUGUCAUCCAUUUUUGCAUCCUGUUGGUUCAUAGUUUACCUAUUUUUGAGUUCUUUUUAAGUAGUUUUGCCUCGUAUACAAGUAUUUCUUGGUUCCUAAGCUUCACUGGCCUUCCCAGGAUGAUCCAUUCUAUCAGCUUCUUCUAUUUUCCGUUUUCACUGUUUGCGCUAACCAGGUUGCGAAAUUGUGUGAUAACUGGGGAUUCAAUCUCUAAUGUUAAUGUGAUAGCUGAUUCAAUAUUUCAUUUUAAA